AAUCUCAAUCCCCUCCUCGUCUAUGAAUCCCGCUAAAAUUCCACUAAAACCCUCGAUAAGUCUCCAAAUUCUUGAAACCCAUCUCAAAAAAUGCCGCAGUCGCAAGCAAUUCCUCCAAAUUCACGCUCAAAUGACAUCCUCAGGCUUCAUCAAGGACACGUACGCAGCGAGCCGCCUCCUCAGUUUCUCAACGAGCUCUCUUUUCUUCAGUCUCGAUUACUCCCGCCAAAUCCUCUACCAGAUCGAAAACCCAAAUGGGUUCUCUUUGAAUGCACUAAUGAGGGCCUGCAAUCAGAGAAACUCCCCUCAAAGUUGCCUCCUUUUGUACAAGCUGAUUCCGAGAAGCGAUUCGUUUCCUGAUAAUUACACUUACCCGAUCGUAAUGGAGGCGUGCAGUCUUCGGUUAUCGGCGAUUGAAGGGAGAAUGGUCCAUACCCAUGUCGUAAAAUUGAGUUUUGAUGCGGAUGUUUAUGCUGUCAAUAACUUGAUUAGAAUGUAUUCGGCUUGUGGGCGUUUGGAGGAUGCGCGGGUUGUGUUCGAUAACAGUCCUGUUCUGGAUUUGGUUUCGUGGAACACAAUUCUUGCUAGCUAUGUUGGGAUUGGUGAUGUUGAGGAAUCGACGAGAUUGUUUGGUCGAAUGACGGAGAAGAACGUUAUUGCGUCGAAUUCUAUGAUUGCUUUGUUUGGGAAGACUAAUCUUGUUGAUGAUGCUCGUGAGCUGUUCGAUGAAAUGCCUGAGAGAGAUGUUGUUACUUGGACUGCUAUAAUUACUUGUUAUGAGCAAAAUGGGAAGUUUGAUGAGGCUUUGGAGGUUUUUGUUCGGAUGCAUAAAGAGGGAAUUUUGAUGGAUGAGGUUGUGAUGGUUAGUGUUUUAUCUGCUUGUGCUCAGGUGGCUUCUAGAGUAGGAGAAUUGAUUCAUGGUUUGGUAACUAAAAUUGGGGUUGGAACUUAUGUUAAUCUUUCAAAUGCAUUGAUUAACUUUUAUGCUAGUUGUGGGAAUGUUGACUCGGCAAAACUAUUGUUUGAUUUGGCAAUGUCGGGUCAUUAUGCAGACCAAAUAUCUUGUAACUCUAUGAUAGCUGGCUAUUCAAAAUGUGGAUUGUUGCUGGAGGCAAAAGAUGUCUUUGAUAAAAUAUCUUCAAAGGAUUUGGUCUCGUGGAGUACUAUGAUUUCUGGCUAUUGUAAACACGAUAGAUUCUCAGAGGCAUUGUCAUUGUUUCAAGAGAUGCAAGUUGGAGAAAUAAAGCCUGAUGCUACUACAUUGGUUAGUGCUGUUAAAGCUUGUGCCCACUUAUUUGCCCUAGAGCAAGGAAAAUGGAUCCAUGCGUACAUAAAGAAGCAUAGGUUUCAUGUAAAUGUAUUUUUAGGCACGAGUCUUGUUGAUAUGUAUAUGAAAUUAGGAUGUGUUGAUACCGCAUUGGAAGUUUUCAAUGAGUUGGAGGAAAAGGGAAUUUCGACCUGGAACGCCAAUAUUAUGGGAUUGGCCAUGAAUGGGCUAGUGAAUGAAGCAUUCGAGAAGUUCUCCGAGAUGGAGAAGUUUGGAGUGGUACCAAACGAGAUAACUUUUGUUGGAGUUUUAGGGGCAUGUAGGCAUGUUGGUUUAGUAAAUGAGGGUCGUCGCUACUUCAACUCCAUGAUGCAUGUUUAUAACAUAGAACCUAAUAUUGAACACUAUGGGUGCAUGGUUGAUCUCUUUGGUCGUGCUGGCUUGCUCAAAGAGGCUGAGGAACUCAUCGAAAGCAUGCCAAUGGCUCCUGAUGUGGCCACUUGGGGUGCUUUGCUUGGUGCUUGUAAAAAGCAUGGUGAUUCAGAGAUAGGGGAGAGAGUAGGAAGAAGGCUUAUUGAGCUUGAGCCUCAACAUGACGGGUUUCAUAUUUUGCUAUCUAAUAUCUAUGCUUCAAAUAAAAAGUGGGAUGAGCUUCGGGAUGUCAGGGGGAAGAUGAAGCAAAAAGGGGUCAUAAAAGUGCCUGGUUGUAGCAUGAUAGAAUCUGACGGCAUCAUUCACGAAUUCUUAGCGGGUGACAAUUCUCAUCCCCGGAUGAAAGAGAUUGAGAUAAUGUUAGAAGAAAUAGCGAUUAAAUUGAAGGCAGAAGGAUAUGUACCCAAUACUUCAGAUGUAGCAUUUGACAUUGAUGAGGAAGAGAAGGAGAGCUCUGUAUAUAGACACAGCGAGAAGAUUGCUAUUGCAUUUGGGCUAAUCAGCAUCAGUACAUUGGUGCCAAUUAGGAUAGCAAAAAAUCUAAGGAUUUGUAGUGAUUGUCAUGCUUCUGCGAAGAUUAUAUCAAAGGCUUUUCAGCGUGAGAUUGUGGUUAGGGAUCGACACCGAUUUCACCACUUCAAAGAUGGUGUAUGUUCAUGUCAAGAAUAUUGGUAGUUAGUUUGCAUAUUUGGUAUGUAUAUGGUUCAGGGAUUAGUCCUGAUUCUUGAACACAAUGACAUCAAAGUCCUCAAUUUUCCUUUCAACAAGAAGACUGAAACUUAUUCUUAGAGGAUGCACUCUCCGGCAUUGUUGAUGGUGGAAGUGUUGAUGUACUUCCCAUCAUGGAUACACUCGGGCUUCUCCAAAUUGAAGUUUGGUAGGCUAGCAAAUUUUUCCGGAUGCGUGCUCCGUGUUUGGACUGAAACAUUGUGCAGCCAUCAAAGAGUUUUGGAUAUUAUAUUUGUAUGAGGAAUGAAGGACAUGGCAAAACCUUCAGUAAGAAGCUGCUGUGGGUUGCUGGACAGUGCAUUACGAUUGAGGACUGAGCUCUCGACUAAUAUAAUCAUAUUGUCGGAGCGAAUUGUGAAUAACCAAGAACAGAACAAGGGCUCGAUGGUAUCAGCUUGGUUAUGUAUUCACGUGACCCAGAACUACAUUCGGGCUAAGCUACAGCUGAACAGGAUUGAAGUUGCGAGUUG